AUGCGGAUAAUAAAUCCCCAAGAUGCAACACUAACAAAUAUCGAAGUACUCUCAUACCUCACUGCAAAUCCGCCACGACGGCCCCCGACCGCUCCACCAGGCGUUAAUCAGAAGCAUUUCAUUCCGAGCCCCGACUUGCGCGACCACAAUACCGUCGUCAAGGAGAUCCACAACUACGCCAGCCGUCUUGCACCGCAUUUAUUGCGCUACCCAACAUCUUCAGCUACAGCUACGUCGAGUAAACCGGGAUCAGGGAAGGAAAGGAGGAAGGAUGCGCUUGAUCAUGCGCUCAGAGAGCUUGUCACUAGAUUACAGCCGUACGGGCUGACGAAAGGGGAGGUCCUUAUGAUUGUUAAUCUGGGGGUGGGAAUAUCUACUGCUGCCGGUGUCGCCGGUGCUGCGGCUGAGGGUGGGGUUGAAGAUGGGUUUGAGGGAGUGGGAGCGGAAAGAAUGGAUGUUGAUGAAGGUGAUCCUAAGCCUGAAAAUGGGGAAGGGGUCGAGCAAGAGGGGGCUGAAGGUCAGGUUGAUGGUAAGGCUGAUGGAGAGGGAGGAGAGGGCGAAGGAGAUGCAGGCGACUACGGUGCUCUGGCGUUGAUUGAUACAAUAAUUGAAGAACGCGAGCAGAGAUUGAGUGAUGAGAAUGUGGUGGAGAUUUUGGCGAUCGUUCGGGAGACGUUGGGUGCCGCUACCUCAUAG